ACGAACAUCAAUAAUGGCACGAGGCAAAGUUCAGUUGAAGCGGAUCGAGAAUCCGGUCCAUAGGCAGGUCACCUUCUGCAAACGCCGAGCUGGGUUUCUCAAGAAAGCUAAGGAGUUAUCUAUUUUGUGCGAUGCUGAGAUUGGUAUUAUGAUCUUCUCCACCCAUGGAAAGCUAUAUGAGCUCUCUACCAAAGGAAGCAUGGAACAGAUGAUUGAGAGGUACAUGAAAUCAACUCGAGCUGCUCAAAUUGGAGAAUCUGAAACAAAGUUUAAUCUGGAGUUACAAGAAGAAAUAAACAAUUUGAAGCAAGAGAUUCAGCAACUCCAGAAGGGCCUUGGGUAUAUAUAUGGCCGGAGAAAUGAAAAUAUGACAAUGGAUGAAUUACUUGCUUUAGAGAAACAUCUAGAGAUUUGGAUGUGUAAUAUUCGUACAGCAAAGAUGCAAAUAAUGUUUCAAGAGAUUCAAUUGUUGAAGAAUAAGGAGGGAAUACUGACUGCAGCAAAUGGAUAUCUUCAAGGAAAGAUAUUUGAGCAAACUGGGAUAGUUGAAAUGCCACCAGCUUUAACAGGACUUUCAUAUCCACUAACUAUUCAAAAUGAGGUAUUCCAGACUUAGAUGCUUAGGUAACCAUUGAUGACAACUACACUGGGAGAUU